GCCGACGAGCGACGCUGCCAGCGACGGCGAUAAGUUCGAUUUCAAUUUUCAACGAACAAUACUUUACUACUUUUGUAGUUUCGUAAUGUUCGCACUUCGUACACGACUGUACGGUAGUGACUACUGAUUAGUGAAUACAAUCGUACAUUCGUACUUUGACAGUUCGAAGGUCGUAACUCGUAGACUAUGCCACCGUGGUUACAACUGUUGGUUGGACGGUUCCGACUCUAAACUCAAAGUUCGUAACCGUGAACCGUUAUACGCGUUAGCAUGACAAUUGACAAUCAUAAUUAUUAUUAAUAAAUAAUAAUGAAAACGACAGAAUUAUAGGUUUUAGAGUGUACAGUUACAUUUUGGCGAGCUUCAUUUUCAAAUAGCGUCUAGCCGAGCGUUUUCACUUAAGCUAAUCCUCCUAGCCGUGCCGUACUGAUAGUUUUUUAUUUAUUAAAUAAAAAACAUCAUUCAAACAUUACAUUACCUAUAUUACAUAAUAUAUGUCCAGCGAACCCUACGCGCCACCAUGGACGGAAAUGGACUCGCCGCCCCUCCUAUACUCGAGGAAACAUUUUACGCACUCUCCAGAAAGCAGUACACGUACAAGGUGUCGCUGACGAACGAAGGUCUGCACCUGACCAAGAAUGGUGACGACGGCAUCGAGAAGACUGACCUGAUACACAUUCGUGAUAUAAUUGGCUGUAAGUGCAUGCGAAAUAGUGGCAAGUCGGGCCACUGCGCCUGUCGUCCGGCUAAAGGGGGCACAGUGGAUGCCGCCAGAGAGGCCACAGCAGAAACCAACGAGUGUCGGGUGCGAGUGCCAUUUGUGGAGGCUGGUGACUGCAGUGCGUACCUAAGUGUGUAUGCAUUUGUGCUGAAGAAUAUUGGGGCUAAGAACGAGAAGCGUGACAAGAUGACUGUCACACUGAGGUUCCGAAACUUCAGCAAUUACGAUGAAAACAGCCAGGUAGCAGCCAAGUGGAAAUUAGCCAUAAAAUCAUUGCUGCAAGCCAGAUGCGAGGAUGGGACUAUUGUUGCACCAUCAGAUGACCAUUACCUAGGUAAUCAUUUGUUAGUAAUUGUGAACCCAAAAAGUGGUGUUGGAAAAUCACGUGAAAUAUUUCAACGUAAAAUAGUACCUAUUUUAAAUAUGGCUGAUGUUGACUACGAUUUGCAUAUUACAUGCAUGCAAAAUGAUGCUAGGAACUUGAUGAGAACGAGUAACAUCUAUAAAUGGGGCCGUGGUGUGGUAGUACUUGGCGGUGAUGGACUCAUGUUCGAAGUGAUAAACGGUCUCAUGGAACGGUCAGACUGGCAGAGGGCCUUCGAGUACCUGACCCUGGCCGUCAUACCCGGUGGUUCCGGCAACGGGAUGGCCAAGUCGAUAAGUUUUGAGACCAACGAACCCUACAAUCCGGAUCCCAUACUCAUAUCGGCGCUAAACAUCGUCGGCGGUAACAGGUGUCCAAUGGAUCUGGUUAGAGUCGAGACUCUUACACAAGUCGUAUACUCUUUUUUGUCGAUCGGUUGGGGUUUUAUUGCUGACAUUGAUAUAGAGAGCGAGAGAAUUAGGAUGUUAGGUAGCCCCAGGUUUACUAUAUGGAGUAUUGCCAGACUUAUUGGUCUAAGAAGUUAUCCCGCCCGAUUAUCGUAUUCCAAAAUUAACGAUCUGGAAACUGAGACGAGAAUGAACAAUUACGCGAGAUGCACGUCAGGUGAUUUCCAAGAGGUCUCCGACGACGAACCGGUGUCGAUCGAAUUUGGAAUGGACCCGUUGGAGGAAUUUGCUGCACGUGAGCGAGUCGAGAGUUUUUCGUCGAUAAUAUCCAAGCGCACGGCGUUCAUGUCUGUCAACGAAGCUCCGAGCUUCUCGUCUAUACCUGACGUGAUCGAGGGAUCCGAAGUUUGGGUGCGUGGACCUCUAUCUAAACUACCUCCGCUUUCUGAUCCAGUUCCGUCGGAUUGGGUAGUUGUUGAAGAUGAGUUUGUGAUGAUACAUGCUUCGUAUCUAUCUCACAUAAGCGAAGACGUAAUAAUAGCACCCAAAUCGAAAUUGAACGACGGUGUGAUUUGGCUGUUGGUUAUUAAAAAUGGAAUAUCCAGGACGACUUUUCUACAAUUUUUGUUGGGCCUGUCAUCCGGAAACCACUUGGCCGUACCCAACGUUGAAAUGAUCCCCGUGCGAGCGUUCCGGCUCGAACCUUUAUCGCAAGGCAGCCACCUGGUUGUUGACGGUGAACUGCUGAAGCACAGUCCAGUACAAGCGGAAAUCAUGCCCGGCAUCACCAAUGUUUAUGCACGGCAAAAAUUCUCCUGAUGUUUCAUCUCGAGCGGUGCUAUCGAGCACGACGCAAGAGUGAUAAAUACAUUAUUUAUACUAAUGUAGCUUAUAUAAUUUAUUAUUUGUUUUUAUUUUUGAAUUCAGAGAAAGUUUAUCGAUAUUGUUACCUUGCUCGUAUAAUAUUAUGUAUAUACUGCGUUGUUGUUUCGCCUCUUUAAUUACUCGAGAGGUGUAUUUAUAUUUAAUUUAUUAUCAUUAUUAUUAUUUAAUAUCUAUCAAUAUUUAUUUUUAAUUAUUCGUUUUAUCGCCACCAGCGACGUUACCAUAAUAUCAUAUUAUGUUUUUUCUCUUUAUAAUAUCCUCGUGUUAUGGGACCAUUUGUUUAUUAAAUCAAUAGGUUGUUAAAUAUUGAAUUAUAAUUAUUAAGGUCAAACAAAAAAUCAUAAUUAACAUAUAGUCAUAAACACAAAUUCCGGUCUUGGUAAAUGAAUAAAUUUGUGUUUUUCUUUUGCUCAAUCUUCAUUGUACCCAGUGCUGGUGUUGGGUUUUAGUAGGAGGCUUUGGACUGAAUAUUUCACAGUACAAACAUGUCAAUACAUCAACUAAUAUCAUUAUUUUUAUACUGUAAUAACUAAUAUUUAUGUAAAAAUAUUAUAUAGUAUGUUAUGAACAAACACAGUAUAGAAUAGUAAGAAAUUUUUUCUCACAAAUACAUGUUAACAUGAGGGCCUUCUCGUCCGUCCUUGAUUGUACCUAAUCAAGAAUGGUAGAAUUAUUCAUUUUUACUCUACAAUUAAAAGUCAAUUUUAUAUGUCUAUCAUUGUGAUUAUACUUUUUGUAUUAAUUAAGUUUAAAUAAUAUUAAUUAAUAAUAAUAAAGUUACCAUGAAUUUA